UUCGCUUGAAGAAAAAAAAAAUUCAUUUUUUCAAAUUUAGAUAAUAACUAUCCAAAUUAAAAAUCAGCCCGUGAAGUCACCAAUGCCUGGUCCAGGGUCUUCCAAUCGACCUAAUGUCAUAAUACAUGGUGGUAACAGACUCAACUUUAUUUCGUCAUGGUUUUUUUUAUGGAUAUUUCAACUUUUGAAUAUAUCUCGGAAACGUAAUUUGGGAAAGGACGAUUUGACUUUACAAGAUUCCGAAACGGCUAAGGUAGUUGGUGAUAGAUUGGAAAAUUUUUGGAGAUUAGAAGGUGAUAAUACAGAGAAUAGAAACGGUAAAAACUCAAUCCGUCGAGCACUUGUCAAAUCAUUUGGCACUUAUUAUGCAUUCCUUGGUUUAUACAAGCUUUUUGGAGCAUUUUUUACUUUCUUGGGUGCUUAUUUUCUUGUCAAUAGAUUGAUCGAUUACGCUUCUGGGAAUGGUAAUACUCUAGCGGCGUAUUUGUAUGCCUUAGGCUUAUUCCUUUGUGCAUUAUUUAGUUCUAUAUUUAUCAAUCAACUGAUUGCCGAGUCUACAAGAGUCGGAGUGCAGGUUCGUGCUGCGUUAAUGGUAUUGAUCUAUCGGAAAUCGUUGCGUUUGAGUUCCGACCGUGGCGGAACCGGUGAUAUCAUUAAUUUGGUGGCAAAUGAUUGCAAUAGAGUGGCGGAAGCUUGCGUAAAUUUUCAUUUUCUAUGGAGUUCCGCUGUAGAAAUAAUAGCUGUUCUUAUUUUGGCUUGUGUAGAGCUUGGCACUGCUGGCUUACCAGCUCUAUUUAUUCUUCUUGUUUUAUUUCCUAUACAAUAUAAACUUGGUAGACUUACUUCCACUAUAUCCAAUACUAUUACAAAUAUCACUUCUUCACGUAUCCAUCUUAUGUCUGAAAUUCUUACUGCAAUAAAAUUGAUCAAAUUUUAUGCAUGGGAAUCAUAUUUUCGUGAACGUGUUGGUCGAGUUCGUCGGAAGGAAUUUUCUCGAUUGCUGAAUGGAAUCGUAGUGAAAGUUUGGACGUUUUGUGUCGUGUUUGGAGCACCUGUUUUAGCUAUGCUGGGAUGUUUAUGUGUCAAAGUUUUAUCACCAGAUUAUAAUAAUGAAUAUGAGGGUAUUAGAGCAAGAAAAGUAUUCACUGUGUUGGCUCUAUUUUAUACAGUAAGAUAUCCUCUUAUAAUGCUUCCUAUUGCUGUGAGAACAACUUUGGGUGCAUUGGAUUCUUUUGAGAGAUUAAAUGAAUUCCUACUGCAAACAGAAUUGGAACCUUUAAAACAAGAGAAGGAACCAAUAGAGAAUGAUCCAUCUAUAAGAAUAUAUAUGAAUGAUGCAGAUUUCAGUUAUGAAGGAGUUUCAGAUCCUACUUUGAGAUUUUUAAAUAUGAAAGUGAGACAAGGGGAAUUAAUUGCUAUUGUGGGCGAUGUUGGAGCUGGAAAAUCAUCAGUCUUGAGUGCAAUUUUAGGUCAAAUUCGUAAGGAUAAUGGGAUUUGUAAGAUUAGAGGAUCUAUUUCUUACGUUCCUCACGAUGCUUGGCUGUUAAAUUCCACGCUGAAGGAUAAUAUUCUUUUUGGUAAUGAUUAUGAUGACAAGAGAUAUCAAGAUGCUGUGCAUAUUUGUGCAUUAAACAGAGAUUUUAGUUUAUUAAGUUAUGGUGACAUGACAGAAAUUGGCGACAGAGGGGUUAAUUUAAGUUUGGGUCAAAGACAAAGAGUUAGUGUUGCGAGAGCUGUAUAUAGUAAUGCUGAUAUUAUUUUGUUGGAUGAUCCAUUGAGUGUUAUGGACCCCGUAGUCGGUAAACAUAUUUUUCAUGAAUGCAUCCGUAAAUAUCUUAAGGAUAAAGCUGUCAUAUUUGUAACCAACCAAUUGCAGUAUCUUUCCGAAUGUGAUCGCAUUAUGGUUAUGAAAGAUGGUGAAUGUUUCGAAGAAGGAACGUAUGAUGAAUUAAUAACAAAAGAUGUAAAUCUUGCAUCUUUAAUUGGCGAAUACAUGGAAAUUGAAGAUCCAGAUCAAAUUGACGAACUCAUCAAUGAAAUUCGUUUAGAAAAAGUAGCUGAAGAAAUUGAUGAAUCUGAUGGCCUAGAAUCUCUAGUUGUAGCAGAUUCCAAAAAUAAUUCAAACCUCAAGGAAUAUCCACUUUCGUUCACCCGUACACAAUCAAAAUCGGAAGCACACGAAGCCACAAUUAAUCGAAUUGUAGAAUUAAAUUCACAUACUAUUCAAAACGCAAAUAUUAACGAACAGACAAUUUCAAAAAUGAUUGAAAGAAACAAUUUAACAAUUCUCGGGGGAGCUGGUAAAACAAGAAUGAUGGGCACGCAAGUUAAUCGCGAACUUAAUGUUACUGCGAAAGCCGUUGAAAGAAAUCAAUUAACAAUUCACAGUUUAAAUGAGCGUGAAGGAAUAACACCUAUAAUCGAUUCUGAUAGAAGGAAAGAACCCAAAGUUAGUUUGCAUGUCUAUUUAGACUAUUUCCGGAAAUCAACUGGCUUUAGUUUGACACUUUUAAUGAUUAUUUCCUUCUUUCUCAUGGCUGCUGUCAGAUUUUUUAGCGAUUGGUGGCUUAUAAAUUUAGUAAUAUCAAUUAAUCCUGAACAAUAUGGUUCACGAUUAGGAAUAUAUGGCGCUUUAGUUGGUAUAGUUCUUAUAGGAGUGUUUGCACGCGGUGGAUUUUACGCAUGGGUCAUGAUGCAUAAAAGUCAAGCUUUACAUGACCAAACGUUUAUGAAAGUAAUGCGUGCACCAAUGUCAUAUUUCGAUAUAACACCUCUUGGAAAGAUAUUGAAUGUAUUUGCAAAACAUCAGUAUCUAGUUGAUGAUGUUUUAAGUGAUAACGCAUUACAGUUUUUUUCAUGGCUUCCUUUAAUUACCGGAACUGUCAUUUUUAUAAUAAUUCUUUUUCCAUGGACCGGAAUAGCGGCAGUUGUAUUGUCAUUUUGUAUUUGGUUUCUGAUUUAUGUUUCAAAAGAUGUCGAAGAAAGGUUCAAACAUAUGGAUGCGGAUAGCAAAGCACCAAUUUUCUCUCAUUUAUCAGCAACUCUUGAAGGACUUGCUAGUAUUCGAGUGUAUAAUGCACAAAAUAGAUUUGAUGAUCAAAAUAUCGAAAAAAUCAAUACAAAUAAUAAAGCUUUAUUUGCAAUGAUGCAAGUAAAAUCAUGGCAGUCAUUAUAUAUUGACCUAUUGGCAUCGGUUUUUAUUUUUGCAACUGCUCUUUGUGUAAUUAUUUUACGUAAAGAUGGUGGCCCAGAGUAUGCAAGUAAAGCGGGUUUGGCUAUUGCAAAUGCACUGCAAUUACUUAUUUUUGUCCAAUGGAUGGUACGAUCUGGUCGAGAUGUAGCUGCCACUAUGGAUAGCGUUCAACAAUUGCUUUAUUAUCGACAAAAUAUACCUUCUGAGAGACCAAAUGUUAUUGAAACCAAUCGUCCGCCACCAGAUUGGGGUAAAAGUGGAGAAAUUGAAUUCAAAAAUGUUACCCUUCGUUAUAACAUAUAUGGUGUUGCUGUUCUCAAAAGUAUUUCAUUUCAUAUUCAUCCUCGUGAAAAAAUUGGUAUUGUUGGCAAGACCGGCUCUGGUAAAACAACUUUACUUGUAAGUUUAUUAAGAAUUGUUGAAUUGGCUGAGGGUAAUAUAAUUAUUGAUAAUUUGGAUAUAAGUACAAUUGGUUUGCGUGAUCUUCGUAAUAAUAUCGCUAUAAUUCCACAAGAACCUGUAAUAUUUGCUGGAACAAUCCGUUCAAAUUUGGAUCCAUUUAGAAAAUGUACAGAUGAAGAAAUAUGGAAUGCGCUUAAAGCGGUGCAUCUAUAUGAUAAAGUUAAAUCGUCAACAUCAAGAUUAGAUACACAAGUAUUAGAAAAUGGAAGAAAUUUUUCCCUUGGACAAAGACAAUUAUUUUGUAUUGCAAGAGCUUUACUAAAAAAGACUAAUAUAUUAGUUUUAGAUGAAGCAACAAGUGCUGUUGAUUUACAAACUGAUGUAAUUAUUCAAGAAACCAUAAAGAAGAAUUUUGCCGAUCAUACAGUAUUAACAAUAGCUCAUAGAUUAAAUACAAUUAUGGAAGCAGAUAGAAUUUUAUGUUUAAAUGAAGGAAGGGUAGUAGAAUUUGAUACACCAUUAAAUCUGUUAAAUAAUCCAGAAGGAUUUUUUUAUCAAUUAGUGGAUCAUAGUGGACCUGAAGUAGCAACAAAACUUAAACAAAUAGCAUUACAACAUGCACCAUCAAAUAAUAUCACAAUACCUGAUAUUUCAAAUUCAAAUACAAUAUCGAAAGAACAUGAAAAAUCAACAAUAAUAUCACCUACUAUAUCAGCUGAUUCACAGCAUAAUAACAAUCAACAUUCACAUAUGCCACCGUCAUUAGGAGAAGUAUUUGUACAACCGCCAUCACCAUCAACUUCACAACAAAAAGAUUAAAAAAAAAAAAAUAGUUAUUUAAAUUUAAUUUAUGUAUAAUUUUUUUU